AUGUCCGGAAAUAAAGGUCAGGUCAAGCGCAAAGCAGUGAAGUUGGCGAUACCGCAGCCCGGGGAAAACGCGGCCGAAAGGAAACGGGUACUCAAUGUGCUUGCCCAACGACGAUAUCGCCAGAGACGGAAAGAGCACAUCAAAAAGCUCGAAGCACAAGCAGCAGACGUGAAUGGGGAUCCCAACGUAUUCUACGAGCAGAGUCCUCAGCCGAGGAGCCCUACCAAAUCAGCAAACGCCGAUGGAUCACAGAUAGAUACUGGCAGUCAACCAUCGCAGCCAUCCUUUCAGACUCCAGACAUAUCGUUUGAGGACAGUGCUUGUGAUUACCCGUUCGAGACGGCGGGGGAACCGGCAUCGUUCCCUGCUCUCUCAGAUGCCUUUCCAAACUACGACGCAUAUUCCUUCGCUAGCAUGGCUACCGAGGAGCAGGCUCUCUGGGAUACAUCAGUACUAUUGCCUUCAUUGCCGAGCACACCCCUGUCAUCAUCGAAGCAUACAUCUUCGAGCAAGAGCGACACCUGGUCGCUGACACCUGUCCCAGCAGUCCAAGGGAGCCCGGGGACCGGUCAGACAACGCCUCAAGCACAGUCGAUGUUUGACCAGGAGAUGACAUAUUCCUUUCCUGAUGAAGCGCACCUGGAGAUGGCCGAGCUUACUUUACUGCGAGGGUGUAUGGCGAUCGCCAGACGCAUGAAAGUCCAAGACAUCAUAUGGUCCCUGACCGCGACGUCGCCGUUCGCCGAUCCAUCCACAAGCCUGGCACAAUUCAGUCACUUACCGAGCAAUUUGCAACCGACACUGAUACAAAUGACCAUCCCACACCACCCAGUUAUUGACCUUCUGCCAUGGCCGCAGGCACGCAACAGAAUGAUCCAAGUAUUGUCACAGCCCCCUGAAUUUCGACCUCCAGGGGCAGCCUCGCCAAUGGCACUACUGGACUUCGUGUAUGACCUGGAAGACAGCGCAGAGGGGGUGAGAAUAAGCGGCAGUAAUCCAUAUUCAGAGAUGAACUGGGAAGUCGGCGAAAAGGUGUUCAAGUCCUGGUGGUGGAUUCUUGAUAGGGAUAUUGUCCAGAGGAGCAAUGAAUUGCGUGCAUCGAGGGGGGCGCCGAUGCUAGGGAGCGGGAGUAUUCUGGGAGAGGUGGUAUAA